ACACACACACACACACAGGCACCCAGUUCCCACGGUAGAGGGGGGAUCUGAGCGGCGUGUCAAUCUGCGCACAGCGUCACCUCUUUUCACUUGCAAAAAGGAAGUAGCGCAGGGCUUUUGUUAUUUGAAGUCGCACAGUCUAUAGUCAUUUCAAAACAACUGGAAUAUAUCCGCAGUUUAUGAUUUAAACAGCCACCAAUAAUCUCCUCCUCAAAGCUGUUGUUAUACGACCGUUUGGGCUUUGUAUUUUACUGUCCUCCCCAUUUGGUUCGGAGGUGAUCACUGUCUUGAGCGAACACACGGGCUCUGUGAGGUUUUAGAUUUUUUAGUUGUGAAAAGAUGCAUUCACACUUGAGACAGUCGCUGUUAAAACUACAUUUAAAUGUCUCCCUUCAGCCUUGGAGAACAAAACUCCUUUGUAUGUCCUGCUUUUAACUGUAAAUGCAACAGCCUCUGAGUCUGAAAUAGCAUUUACCCACAAGGGCACAUACUGGACCCAACAUUUUCUUCAUUUUUAUUUCAUAUUCGUGCAAAAAUUAACUGAGCUGUUCACUGGUCAGUCAUUCGUUUCAGGGUCACACUGCAGACAAAGUUAUAUUGCUCCAACAGCAUUAAAUAGCUGUAAACCCACCCUCUCCUGGAUAGUACAUUAUUAUCAGCACCUUUUUCUCCCCCCAUUUAACAUGAAAGGGUGUCAAUGGUCCACUAUCUUUACUUGAAAAAAAAACAUAUAUUAAUUAACUAUUUUCACUAAUAUUAUAUGUAGUCCACUAGCCGGCGAUGAGAUUUUGUUCCUUUUAAGAAGUUAGAUCGGGAGCGAUUGAGGUGAGAUAAUAAGACUGCUAUUUCAUAAAAGUUCACCUGUUUUUAGAGUCAAAAUAAAACAGCAUAUAGGCCUGAUGUCACAUUUUUAUGUUGCGGAAAAUUAUCACAUGGGUGUGGGAUUAUUUUUUUUGGAUGUUUGAUUUUGUUUUUUAGUAGACCUUUUGCUUUGCGUCUCUGAUGCUCUUUAGUCAUUUACAUCGCUGUCAAUGAGACGUGGAGAAGCUUGAUUGACAUUUUGUUUCAAGUUCCUAUUGAUGUUAAUCCAGCUGAUGAUCCUUUACAACGCGCCCGCUUUCUCAGCAGUUUACAGGUCUGGCAGCAUCAUACCUCUGGCUUUCAGUUGGCUUCCUGGGGUCGGCUACAGAAGAUCGGAUAUAGAGCUCACCGUGUUGCUGCUGGCGACUUGUUUAAUAUUUCUGCAGCAACAUUUGGCUCCCCCCUCGGAAGACCACGCCCCCUCCCUGCAGUUUCACAGGGCCUUGAUCCCUCCCCCUAACCGAGCCGGCAGCCUAUAACCUCCCCGGGUUUCCGCCCAUUCCUCCACAGUUGAUUCUUUGGGAUGGUUUUGUCAUGCAAAUAGAGGACGCGUAAAAUAUUCCCCCAGAGCGCAGCGCAGGGCAGAGACUCACACGGACCGCGCAGAGGACACAGACCGGGCCACACUGUGGAUUUGUAUCGUUUUCGUCGCAACGGACCCGUCCAUCUGUCAAAGACACCCUGGCCACAUGAGCAGCGACACAUAGCCAGGACGUGUAGCCAGGAAACAGGUCGGACCGUUCAAGGAAAACCUGCGGAGGCUGCCCUGUGGAGAUAGUGGUCAUACUUCCAAUUUCCCCAAGUGAAGUCGGAGGUGUCCCUCUUCUCCAUCCCCUGCUAUAGGCUACCUGCUGCUGCUACAGAGGGGGAACUACAUCUAGAGACUAGCCCUGGAUCGCUUGAGAGCACCCUUUUAUGUUUUAGGGAUUUUAGGAUCUCUCAAAUAUUAACAUUUUUGCACACCAAGUGUGUCAUUUCCUCUCUUGUCCUUUUUGGGAUAUAUACAGUGCUCUUUUUUCUGUUUUAGUACUUUAAUGUGCCUUAAUAACUGGUUAUAAUCCAGUGUAACUGUGGCAUUGUCACCAGACCAGAGACGCUCAACAGGGAGAAGACGAUUAUUAUCAGCUUUAGAGCCCAGGCAGGAUUACUGGUUCCCCACCCUCCAGCGAGCUGCAACCAUGAGCCAGGCGGAUGUGUCGACUUGCUCCGCGCCGCAGAGGGUUUUCCAGGAGGCGGUGAAGAAGGGCAACACCAAGGAGCUGCACUCGUUGCUGCAGAACAUGACAAACUGCGAGUUCAACGUCAACUCCUUCGGGCCAGAAGGACAGACGGCCCUCCACCAGUCCGUCAUUGACGGCAACCUGGAGCUGGUAAAACUGCUGGUGAAGUUUGGUGCAGAUAUCCGGCUGGCCAACAGGGAAGGGUGGAGCGCUUUACACAUCGCCGCCUUCGGGGGCCACCAAGACAUUGUGCUAUACCUCAUCACCAAGGCCAAGUACUCCUCUGGCGCCCGGUGAUCUGUCUCUGCUGUCAGGUAAAAUAAGAAAAUAAAAAAUAACAAAACAACAAGUGGAAAAUAAAACUGCAACACAUGGGAAAGCCAUACAGGCUCUUGUAAAAGCAAAAAAAAACAAACAACUGCCAUUAUCUACAUAGUUGUGCCAAAUUAUAUAAAAAAGGAAAUAAAAAUAGUCCUGCACAAUAAUCUUCCCUCAUUGUAAACCAAACGGGGCUCUCUGUGCACUCCAGAGUGAAGCACCGCAUGGUUCAUACACAGCGCUUCAACACGAAUCUUUAACAAAAGAAACGCCUUUUUGGUGAGUUUGUUGGUACUAAAGCUUUCCUCUUGAAUGUGUAUAUUAGAUCUUGUCGUCCACUAUAAAAGAAGCCAGUGUCUGUGUAUCACAUGUGUGUGUUUGGACUCCAGAGUGCAGAUGGCCCAGUUUCCACCCCUCUCCCUGACCUCCCAUCCCCAGUACAGUUGAAUAGUUUCUUUGUGGGGGCGCAGAUUUGACCUGUCGCUCCUCAUUGUUCACUUGUUUAAACCCUUUUUAAGUUAUUUUAUCUGAAACUCGACACUUGAUGCUAUAUGGCUGCAUGCUGGAAUAUCUGAAAGGGAAGACACAUGAACAAGAGAAGAAGGGUUGCCCUCUGUUGGUUUCCAGAGGUCUGUUUUCUUUAAUAGAUUCAUUGAUCUUGUUUUUUUUUUACUACUCAAAGACCGGCAUUAUGGCUAUCCAACACGCUUUCAGAUGUGUAAUCAUUAUGUAACAACAACUGAUUCCAUCAUUGUUGUGAAGUACUGUACACAAUAGCUUUACUUUGUUUCUGUUUUUAAAAGAAAAGAAGAGACAGUAGCUGAAUGCGCUCUGCCUACAGAUCUUGCCAUGCUGGCGUCCAACUGUUCAGGCCAGUGCGACCACUUUGCCAGUGGUCAUUGUGUUAUUAAAACAAACCGCUGCUUUCGCUUUGUAUCAAAAAAAAAGUCGCAUUUGGAAUUCACUUUAUAAUCUCCUUUCAGUAUUUUAUUAACAUCCUAGUCAUCACUGUGAAAGCAGGCUGGGUUUUUUAAAAUUUUAUUUAUGAAGGUACAUUGAGAAGAUGCAUUUUUAAAUAUGUUGUGGUUCUUCUUAAAACAAAUCUAAGUGUAAAAAUAUCUAGGGUGACUCAAGCUGCUUCAGACUCGUAGUAUAAACUGUCCCGUGUGGAGGUAGACCUGCCACCCCCCCCCAUCCAUCCACCCACCACCACCCGAGACACCCCUCUAUGGCCUGUUGACCCCCAAGAGGACUUUCUCUCCCUCUCCCUCCCUCCCUCCCAUUAAAAUGACUUUGUUUGGUUUCCUUUUGCCAGCUACCUCGACUAUAAAGUAUUCUCAAGUUGUUCAGCUCUCUCACCACUCUGCCACGUUGUUUGGAGUCUGAAGAGAUUCACAAUUUGUCUGUGAUCAUCCGCAUGCCAGUAUGUUUUUUUCCCGCUAUGUAGCCUAACAGACAUGAUGGACUUCAAUACAGAAGAUGCAAUGAACCCAUUUCCUGCAUCCUCAGUCGGGACAGUUUAUUCUACACUACAACCAAACCAAUUCUGACAAGCAAAGCAUCGUUUUGCCUUUCUGCAAGGGAGUCUGUGGUUCUCUCUCUCUGUCUCUCUCUCUGUCUCUCUCUCUCUCUCUCACUCACACACACACACGCACACACACACACACACACACACACUGCCAUUGUUGCAUGUUUUCCCUAUAAACCUCCACUUUGCUCAGUCUUUCUCUCUCUGUGUCUUUAUCAGGCUGUAUGGUCGUUUUUAUUUUCUAUAUUUUUUCAGUCAUA